AUGGAUACAUACGUAGGCACCGCCUUUAUGCGGGCCAAAAACUAUGAUUACCCAGAUGCCUUCGUCGAGUGUCUGAACUCGACCGAUGGGACAAAAUCCAACCUGCACGUCCACGAGUACUCCUGCAUCCACUUCGCUUUCUGCAGCUGUCCUAGGAUGAAGCCAGAACCAGAUAUUGCGGGGAAAGGUGUGAUAAUAGCCUUCACCGUGACGGCCUUUUUCACCCUCUGCCUAGCGAUCUUCUGCCUCAUCGUUGGGCGCACCAACGAAGCACGGCAAUCCUUCAACCCCAUAGAUCGACUUGCCCGAAAACACGUAUCCGGGCCAGUCCGCCGCUUCAUGUUCCGAAUCGGCAUGAACCCCGACCUACAGUCUCUCGUCGCCUACGAUCUCGUCAACACAUUUAGCGACCUUCAGCUUGUGACCGGCCUCGCGGUCCUUGUCGGUGGGAUCAAAGAGCUUGUCGAUGGCACAAUAUCAACGUAUCACUUCAUGAUCGUCACCGACCUCGCGUGGUUCUGCACGCUUACCCACUUGCUCUCGCUUGUCGUGACACGCAGCGUGCGCGACAGCGUAAAGCGGACACAUCCCCAGAGAUAUCAGCACGAGAACACCGAACUGGCGGCGCGACUCGCCCGCGCUUUGCGUAUCUGCUUUAUGGCCGCUACUUUCGUGCUGUUGAUGUAUGCCUUCUGGGUCACUGGAUACAAGGAUAUUUACGAAAAAGGCCAGUACAGGUGUCCCAUGAAAUGUGCAGUCGAUAAACCAAAGGGUGGGCGUCCUUGGAGGCUGAUGGUUAUCAAUAUGACUCUGAUGUCGUACUACUACGCUGUGCAGAUGUUCCUCAGUUGGCGCACUGGGCGCCUAUUUUGGAUGGACCAUAUCAGAGGUUACCUAAUCGACAAGAAGGGCCAGCCGGUCGACAUAUGGAAACCCGAGGUCGUCUUCAAGAUGUGGAACGAGAACAAGGUGUGGAAGGGUCUGAAGAUGUCUCUUUUAAUGGUUUGGUAUUUCCUUGCCUCAGAGGUUGAGACAAUGCUGGGGCUGACCGUGUUCUUUUGGUUCGGGGUGUACUCGCUGGUUGACGAUCGUGUCCGGGGGCAUGAUGAGAUGGAACAAGAAAUACGCCAUGAAGAGAACGGACUGGUCUUCAGCCAGCUUGUGCCGAUUUUCUUACUCAUCAUUCCAUUCAUGGGCCUCUUUGAGUCCUAUGCAAGGCAUUCGAAAGCAACCAAGGAGUCCGAUGGCAAGGAAGUGGACAGCUGCACCUCGGAAGGACCCUGA